AUGUUUGAUGGAUAUGAAAGCUUAACCCUGAAUAAAUGUCUUGAACCUAUCUUGGAGGCCACCUUUGGUCUACCGCGACCAAUCAAAUGGACAACUGACGCCAAUAAGGCGAAGGAAGCGGCAAAGACGAUGAGAGCCUGGGCAGCGGAGGCGAAGAGCAGCCCAAGUUCAGGAGAAAUAGGACGACCUUCUCCCCGGACCAACUGGACGAGCUGGAGAAGGAGUUCGACAAGAGUCACUACCCCUGCGUCUCCACCAGGGAGAGGCUGGCUGCCAAGACAUGUCUGUCCGAAGCCAGGGUCCAGGUAG